AUCAUGCAGAAUAUCUAAUAAGAUCACACAGCGAUAUCAAAAGGCGAUUUCAAGAAUGAUACACAAAAGCAACAAACAGCUUUCGGUAUAUAUGUGCCCGCAAUCGUAUGUACCGGAAAUAUAAUGCAUUCCAACACAUCCGUCCAACGGCAUAUUGACCGACAAUGCUGCUAAUCUCUUUCUCUCUCUUUCUGUUCUCCCUCUUUUACCGUUUUGACGUAUAGAUAGACUCUUACCUCGACUCUUGAUGCAUGUCAUCUUAUUUAUAAAACAUGUAAUAUCACAUGUAGCUCACAGCCAUAACUCGCGGCGUAUCAAUGAUUAAUAUCGAGUACUGUUAUUCUGCAAAGAAUUUUCCUGGUAGUUUAACAGUUUUAUGCAGAAGGAUAUUGUUGAACUUCUGAUUGUAUGUGCAUGCAUAAUAAUUUUCUUGGAAUGAUCGAUAAACAAAAUAAAAAUGCACUGCAAUCACAACUGAAAUAACGACAAAAUUUUGUUUUGAUAUUUUGAAUAUAUUCGCUAUAAUCGGAUAUGAGACACUAACAAUAUCAUUAUAACUUGUGUUUUCAAACACAUCUUUGUAGAUAUUUAUUUUGAAAAGUUUAUCAUCAAGUUUACUUGUUUCAACGGUAGAGAAACCUCUAGCCAGUAGUAAUUUCAUAGCCAACUAAUGUAAGCAUUUUAUUAGAGAAUAAAGCCCGGUUGACGAUGGAAAGAAAUGCAUCGGAAAAUGAAAGAAACGUUCGUAGACAACUCUUUACAGAUGAAAAUGAGAGCGAAGAUGAGAGACAAAAUUAUGACAAUCUAAUUAUGGAAGACAACUUACAACAAUCAGAAAGGGAUAAGGAAAAGUGGAACUUUGAUUUUAAGCGUGGAGUGCCAUUACCUGGCCGAUAUCAAUGGAUAAAAUUAGACGAACACGGGAAUGAAAUUCCGAGUUCCAUAAAUUCAAUUAAUGAAGUACAAAAUACAAAUGAGCAAGAAGAACAAAUAGAGGAAACAGAAAGAAGAAGAAAUGAUGAACCAAUGGAUGAGGCAAGAAAAAGAGCUAGACUAGAAGAAUCGUAAUAUUAUAUAGUAAAUAUAGUAGAUAAUAGUAAAGAUUUAAUAGCAGCAACAAGACAAAUUGUUGUUCCUGCUAAAGAAGAUUAUAUAAAUUUUUAAUUUCAAAAU